AUGACUAUGAUGAUGAGCAACAACAAUGGCGGCCACGACACAUCGUUGACCAAAGUCUUCGUCGGAGGAUUGGCUUGGGAGACUCCCAAGGAGGCCAUCAGACACCACUUUGAAAAGUACGGCGAGAUUCUCGAGGCCGUCGUCAUCUCCGACAAGCACACCGGCCGAUCCAAGGGCUACGGCUUCGUCACUUUUAAGGACGUGGACUCGGCCAAGAAGGCGUGCGCGGACCCCACGCCGGUCAUCAACGGCCGCCGUGCCAAUUGCAACCUCGCCGCCCUUGGGUCCCGCCGCCCCGCCGUGCCGCCGACGCCGCAACCUGUCCACCAAGGAGUGAAUGUUGGACCGAGGGCCGGUGGAGCAUGUGCACCGCUGCCGGCGCAGAAUCACGUGCAGUGGUAUUAUCCGGCGGGUACGCCGGCCGUUGCCGCCGGUUCACCGUUUCAUCACGGCGGCCAUGGCCCUCAAGUGGUCCCAUUUUAUGGAUACCCUCCGGCCUACUUUGCAGCCACCGACAUAAAUUACAAUCAUAAACUGGGCUUCACUGGUGGGUCCUACAUGAAUGGGCAUUUUGGUCAAUUGUACCCAGGGCAGGCUAUGGUGGGUCCCAAUACACUGAUGCCAAUGUACCCUCUGUACCAUUACCCACAAUCACAGGCAAUGGGCCUUCCGGCCCACAUGUACUCACCCACAGGUGGCCCAAUUCCCCAAACUGUCCCUGUCUUUAUAUCCAAGCCCACAUCCAUUGCACGCCCUAAUGCAGUUAAUUUGCAUGGCUGUGGAGUGAAAUAG